AUGGCGGGUGUGACGGAUGAUGGGAAACCGAUCUUGUACUACAAUGAGUUCUCAGGACCAUCUCGGAAGGUGCUCAUGGCCUUGUACGAGAAGCGAGUGGACUUCAAGCCGCGCCACGUCCAAAUCUUCGAUGGUGAGCAAUUCAACGAUUGGUUCCUGGCUCUCAAUCCUCGAGGUGAGGUUCCCGUACUUCAAGACGGAGACAAUAUCGUCGUCGAAUCGACCCAAAUCGUUGAUUACAUUGAUUCCAAGUAUGGACACCCAUACCUCCUGAUGCCAAAGGACAAUCCCAAAGUCAAAGAAUACAUAUCCCUAUUCGACGGUAUUCCCCUUUUCGCGAUCACCUAUGGCGUUUUCGCCUUCCAUGCUGAACAGACCACGGAUGUAUUACGCUAUCCCUAUUGUCAGGAGGCCCUACGCAUCAAUUCCAAGCACAUGAUCAUCCAUAAACCGGUGCUAUUGCGAGAAGAGGCUCAAAAACACCGCGGAAAGCCAGCAGAGGCCGCACUCCGUCAAAAGGCCAGGGACCUCGAGUCGAUACGAGAGAUAUUUCUCGAAAACGACAAGAUUCACGGUAUUUUGUAUAACCUGGAGGUUAUUCUGGAUAAGGUGGAAGCCGAGCUGGACUCGGACGACCGACUCGGACCUUGGCUUUGCGGCACGACCUUUUCGGGUGCCGAUGUGACGCUCAUUUCAAUACUCAUGCGGCUCUACCAAUUGGGAUUGGACCAACGCUAUUGGAAAGGGGGCGUCAGACCCCAUUUGGCCGUCUAUCAAGAGCUUGCCUUCCGCAGACCCAGUGUUGUUAAGGCUACCAAGUGGAAAGACUACGAGGGAAAGUUCCUAGUCAUUGCCCGCGACACCAACGGGUCAGCUAAUGGCAACUCAGAAUCAUCGGGCAUGACUCGAAGCGAGAGUGUGGACGCGGCCAAAGUUGGCUUGGGUGCGGUACUAUUACUUGGAGGGAUCUACGCCUGUAAAAAGAUGAUGAAUAAGUAAAUAAACGCCAACACUUCCA